AGUUUGUCGCUGAUGGUAUCUUCAAAGCUGAGCUGAAUGAGUUUCUGACUCGUGAACUGGCUGAAGAUGGGUACUCUGGAGUAGAAGUCCGGGUAACUCCAACCAGGACUGAGAUUAUCAUACUUGCCACCAGAACUCAGAAUGUCCUGGGCGAGAAGGGGCGACGCAUCCGGGAGCUGACGGCCGUCGUGCAGAAGAGGUUUGGCUUCCCUGAGGGAAGCGUUGAGCUCUAUGCCGAAAAGGUGGCCACGAGAGGUCUGUGUGCAAUUGCUCAGGUUUAGCAGUGCGUCGAGCCUGCUAUGGUGUCCUCCGCUUCAUCAUGGAGAGCGGGGCCAAGGGUUGUGAGGUGGUUGUGUCCGGCAAACUCAGAGGUCAGCGUGCCAAAUCCAUGAAGUUUGUGGAUGGCUUGAUGAUCCACAGUGGAGACCCGGUGAAUUACUACGUCGACACAGCCGUGCGUCACGUCCUUCUCCGGCAGGGAGUACUGGGCAUCAAAGUAAAGAUUAUGCUGCCCUGGGAUCCAAGUGGAAAGAUUGGCCCCAAAAAGCCUCUGCCAGACCAUGUCAGCAUUGUGGAACCCAAAGAAGAGAUCUUGCCCACCACCCCCAUUUCAGAGCAGAAAGGUGGCAAACCAGAACAGCCAGCCAUGCCUCAGCCGGUUCCCACAGCCUGAGGGGGUUUGUAACAUCUGCAACCAGAAGCUUGACUGUCCUGAAAACAUCUCUUAAUAAAAUCACAAAAGACAGUG